GAACAGGCAAGCUAUAUCGUGCCACAUUUCGUCCAACGAUGGCGCAAUGGGUGGUGUGCUCUGCGCAAUUCGUACGACAGGCGCAGAGACCCUGAUUUUGUGAGGGGCUCGGCCCUACCCGUGUAGGUGUGAAAGACGUUGCUGCUGUAUGAUUUGCCGAUCCACGGUUGUCCUCGACACCAUUCCCAACUCGUUUCAAAGCGCAAUAUCGGCGCGAUUGUAAGCCAAGUCGACUUCAUCUGUUGCUGAGAUAAUAGGGCGGAAUACAGAGCUGGCUGUGUGUCGUGCUCAGAAGCUUCAAGAGAUAUAAGGAGUAUUGAGUCCAGCACCAAGAAUCAUCAACACACCACUCUCCACUAAACAACCAGUUCACUUAUACUCCUCAAUUCCACUCCACGCACCAGUUCAUCCAACAAUGUCUAUCAAGAACGUCAUCAUCAUCGGUGCUGGAGGCAACCUUGGACCCUCCGUCCUGAGAGCUUUACUCAGCUCAUCAUUCAACACCAGUGUUCUCUCCCGUGAGGGCUCGAACUCCACAUUCCCAUCAGGCGUCAACGUCCUCCGUGCCAACUACGAUUCUGUCGACAGCCUCAAGCAAGCUUUCCAAGGACAGGAUGCCGUCAUCUCCCUUGUAGGCAGCGGUGCCAUCGGAGAUCAGAACAAACUGAUCGACGCUGCGAUCGCAGCAGGCGUAAAGCGCUUCCUCCCCUCAGAGUUCGGCAGCGACACACCCAACCCGAAGACACGAGCUGUAGUCAGCGUCUUCGAGGCUAAGACCGGCACAGUGAACUACCUCAAGAGCAGGGAGGAUGUCAUCAGCUGGACGAGCGUUAUCACCGGACCUUUCUUCGACUGGGGCCUCAAGGUUGGCUUCUUAGGCCUCGACCAGAAGAACAAGACAGCUACCGUUAUUGACAGCGGCAACGCCACCUUCUCCACCAGCAACCUCAGCUUCAUCGGCGAGGCUGUUGUGAAGACACUGGAGAACGCCGAAGCUACCAAGAACCAGUACGUCUAUGUUAGCGAGUUCCAGAUCUCGCAGAAUGAGCUUCUCGCUGCGGCAGAAAAGGUUACGGGCGAGAAGUUCACGGUCAACAAGGUCAGCGCGAAGGAUCACAUUGCGAAGGGCAACGAGCUGUUGCAGAAGGGCGACUUCCAUGGAAUCGGGCCGCUGAUCCAAUCAAUCACAUUCGGUGAUGACAAGCUUGGUGAUCUGAAGCCAUCUGGACUGUGGAAUGACAAGUUGGGCCUUAAGCAGGAGAGCCUCGAGGACUCGAUCAAGGCUGGAUUCGCAGGCAAGUUGCUGCACGAAGUCUAGAUAGUGUAGCAAGUAAAGUCAACGAGCAUUCUGAUGGUCCCU